AAAGAAGAGUUGAUUCAACGGUUUAUCAUGUCUUCCCGCCCUUUCUCUCUCUCUCCCAAAACAGCCGGCGAGGCUUUGGUCUUCGGCCUGCAGAACAUGGAUAUAUACAACCCUCGGAGGCUGGAUUCGUACGUCCGAUAUUACUUCAGCAAUGACAACCGGACAGAGGGGAGAGUGACCGAGAUAUCGCAAGCUACCGUUUGCUACCGCUACUGGAUCUUGCAGUACCGAGACAUAAUACCGCUGUUUUCCUACGCUUACUCAGACUGGGCUGACAACGCCAUCUACUUUUUCCAAAAGAUAACGGCGCUGGAUUUCUACUACAACGACGGCAAAGAACAUUCGAACCUCGUCCUGGACGACACACCGGAGAUGUGGCAUCAUCACUGCUUCGUCUUCACUCAUCCUACGUACAAGAUUUACAUAGACGGCGAGAUGGUGAGGGAGGGACAUUUGAGUGUAGAGUCGGCCAUCAUACCCCUGAAUGGCACCAUCUACCUGGGGCACGACCAAGACACUUACGACGGGGGCAGAGACCCCCAGCAGACUCUCACGGGGUAUAUGACUCAGGUGAACUUCUGGGACUACCCGAUAAACCCGGACGAAAUAAAGAGAAUGGCCGAAUGCGUCAUCAACCUGAGAGGGAACAUCAUAUCCUCCGACACGACGCCCUUUGAGACAUCCUUCGUCCAGGUGGAAACCAUGAAAAUAAAAGAGUUCUGUCAGAAGAGCGGGAAAGUCGUGAUCAUUCCAGACCAGAUGUACCCUGACAUAGCCAACAGGUUCUGCUUUCUAACAGAUUCGCUAUUUUACGUCCCGGAGAAUGACAGGGAGAACGAAGAGCUCUCGGUUCAAGCGCAGAAAUUCGCGGAUAUUUGCGAAGGCCACAGUUACCGUCUCUUGUAUCUUGGGGCAUCGGACAGGGAGAAAGAAGGUUUGUGGGCGAAGUUCACCAAUGGCGCCCCGCUGGUCUAUUUCAACUGGUUUGAGGGCGAGCCAAAUGGUCAGCGCGAUGACAACUGCAUCGUACUCCGAAGGUACGACCCAUAUUGGGCCGAUAUGGUCUGCGAUUACAAACUCUGUUUCUCCUGCAAAAGGACUCAUAUGGAUUACCUGCAGUUGCGCGGCCUUUGUGAGGCGAAAGAACAUCAGACAAGGUUUUUACUGGAGGGAUACAUCAACUGGAAACCUUACUUCAGGGGCUAUUAUAACCUGUUGAUCUACCACUCGGGUUACAACGAGUGGCGGUUGAAUGACACGCAUACGAACAUCACCCUGGCGUCUCUGUCGCCGUCCAAGUCUUCCGAUUACCCGAUUGGGAGGAACACUUGGGACGUCGUCAGUCCAUUUUGCAACAACGUCGAAGGGGACUCCGUCGUUCUAGGCCUCUCCAUCUGCACGACGGAGGAGUUCAUGUGUUCGGACGGCUCCUGCGUGCACAGAUCGGUCAGGUGCAAUCUGCUGGACGACUGCUUAGACCGAAGUGAUGAAGAGAAUUGCACGUUGGUCUCCUUCAACGACAGGUACCAGGAUUACAAGCCGCCCCCGGGGGAGUCCUUCGGUGUCCCGCUUAAAAUCUCCCCGGAGGUCAGCCUCAUCAGGUUCUCCAACAUAGACGACAUCAACCUUGCUUUCUACAUUGAGAUUGAAGUGGCUCUGGUGUGGAUGGAUAGGAACCUGCGCUUUAAGAAUAUAAAAUCUGAAGAAGGGAAAAACAAAUUAAGCGACGAAGAGGUCGGACAUAUAUGGAAGCCGGAAAUCGAGUUUCUGAACGUGAAUAACGGGCAACUGCAGCUGUUGAAGAGCGGCAUCUAUGCCCGAGUGGUUGGCAGCCCUGAUCCUCCACUUUUCACUGAUGUCAAAAUGGACACAAUCUACCAGCCGGAGAACAGCCGCCUAGUGCUGCGUCAGCAGUACUACGCCAGCUUCAACUGCCUGUUCUACCUGUUCAGCUACCCCUUCGAUACGCAGACCUGCUCCAUCAUUGUGAAGCUGGCCUCCGCUGACCUGAAAGUCAUAGAUAUGGAGAAUGCAACAGUCGAAUACGGCGGCCUACGUCAUCUGUCCAAGUACGAAGUCAAGGAUCUCCGCAUAUUCAUGAGACCCCGUAGCGGAUACGCCGUCAUGGAAGUAAGGGAUGAUAUGAAGGGACAUUUGAUUCCCAUUAAUCCUGUUACCAUUGGGUCAUUAUUCAAGUUUAAAGAUCGUUUGUGCCCUUGUAUGUCCUCUGGGUGUGUGUAUAGCUAUAAUUGUCCUAAAUGUCAUUUAGGAACUUAUAUUGGAUCCACCAAGAGGCUUCUGAAGGUACGCAUAGAUUCACAUCGUGGAGUAAGCUAUAGGACAGGCAGCAAAAUUGCAAACCCAGAGUUUUCUAGCAUUAGAAAUCAUUCUAAAAUUUUUAAAACCUCCAUCGAAAAUAAGAACUUUAAAAUUGUAGGACAAGCUUCCAACAGCCACGAUUUGACAAUUUUAGAAUCGUUAAUGAUCAAACGACUCGUCCCCUUGUUGAAUAGCCAAACCUCUGCUGGCACACUGCACCUCUCUUACUUUAUUGUGACCUUUGACCUUGAACGAAGGUACAGCUUGCUGGUUCUGACGGUCUUCUUACCCACGUUUCUCCUCUUGGGUAUCGGCUACGUCACGCUCUUCGUUAAGCUCAAGGAUUUCGAAGUGCGCACCAUGAUGGCCCUGACGACGUUACUCGUCCUGUACACGAUGUUCGACCAAGUCUCCAGCGGCCUGCCGGACACGGCCUACAUCAAGAUGGUGGACCUGUGGUUCUUCUUCUGUAUCUUCCUCAUCUUCAGCAUCAACCUCGUCCACAUUGCCACCGAGUUCUUGCCUCCAGGAGAAGAAGAAGAAGAUUACGGAGCAAGGUUAUUCGGCAAGAGAAAGGAUCUGGUGUCUCCCGUAGAUAUGGUGAAAGGCGUUCAGAAGCAGCUGCCCAGUGCUUAUGCCACCAAGUGGACAGGGGCUCGCGUCCUCGCCCUCUGCAGGAAGGUUGUGUAUCCUACCAUCGUGGUCCUGUUCGGCCUGGGAUUCUGGGUCGUCAUCCUUCUGGAUAAAAACGUCUGAGAAUUCACAUGGGAUUAUUAUUAUUAUUAUUAUU